GAGUUGCCUUCAGACAAGCCCAUACUUUUGCAAUCAGCUGAGGAACAUGCAGAGGACCAGAAUCACACCGAGACGGAAGAUGACUCAUGGAUCUUGCAAGAAGAUCUAGAACGCAUAAAACCAAGCAAGCAGCAGUCCAACCAUCGUCUAUUGUGGUUGGCCGUUGUCACGUGUUUAAUUUUGUUCCUUGUCCUCCUUGUGAGUCUGCUGGUAUUGUCUAGGAAAAUUGGUCAUGGAUGUAAAUGCUCGGAACAAAAUGGUUUGUUUUUUGAAAAUCACCCGCAAUUUCUUGAUAUCUUCCAUUUAAGGCCUUCCUACAAAGCUUGACUUUAUGUGUUUUAUUUGCUUUAACUCUUUCUACUUCAGGACCUCAACACCUUGAAAGUCAAACACCCGAGAAGAAAUUUGAAAGGAAAAAUACGACAAGCAAUUCUGAAUUGGUAAGGGCUUAAUAGAAUGGAUGGGGAGGGGAGAGUUCGCCAUGAAGUGGCUCAUACUGCUGCUGUACCUAAUUUCUUCUCUAUCAGUGGGCUCAUGUGCACGAGGCAAGAAGGACUGGUAGAGAGGUAGAUGGAAAAUCGAGCACUGGAGGAGAUUUAUGCCAUGUAUAG